AUUGGAGGUAUAGAAGAUAACACUUAAUACUCACUGUAGUGCGUGUAUGUAGGGUGCAUGGAGGUUACUUGAGACUCAGCCUGCAGUGUGCUCAGCUUGCUCGGAAGCGCCUGGUGGUUUGCAAACUGUUCAGGGUUUUGCCAUGGCAUCGCGGGCCGGACCGAGAGUAGACGGUACAGAUGGGAGUGACUAUCAGCACCGGGAACGCGUGGCCUCACACUAUCAAAUUAGUUCUGCACUGAAAUCGGAAAUCCGAAAGCUGAACCUAGUUCAUGUGGCCCUGUGGGCGUUAGUUUUGGCCCAGGUGGUGGUGACCCAACUGAAUUUAGUGUCCUACAAACUAGUGGCCAGCCCCUACCAGUGGGAGUACCCUUACCUGCUGAGCAUCAUUCCCACCGUCCUGAGCUUCAGGGCACUUCCCAAGAACACCACUGGCUACCUGGCCGUGUCCAUGAUCGGCGCCGGGCUGUUUUGCGUAGCGCCGAUCAUCUACGGUGCCAUGGAGAUGUUCCCUGUGGCACAGCAGCUGUACCGGCACGGCAAAGCGUACCGCUUCAUCUUCGGCUUCUCUGCAGUCUCCGUCCUCUACCUGUUUAUCGUGGUGGCCGUGCAGGUACACGCCUGGCAGAUCUACUACAGCAAGAAGCUCCUGGAUGCCUGGUUCACCACCACACAGGACAAGAAGAAGAAAUGAAACCAGUUACGAAAAUGAACAUCAUUUAUCAUCAUCAUUUUAUUUGUUUCCUUCAAGGAUGACCUGAAUUUUCUUCUCAUUGACUCAAGAUCAUGCAGAAUGGUCUGAAACGAAGCUCUCCACUUUCCCAUCCACUGAUCAGAUUACUAAUUACUUUUGAGACUUAACGAUGUUUUCUGGACACAAAAAAUUUUAAUUGCAUAACAACAUAACCACCCACUAAUAUUUCUACUGUACCAUGUGAUCUCUUCAUCCAUUAUUCUCAGGAAAAACCAUAUGAAGUCCCUAAGUCAUGAGUUCCAUGUUCAUGCUGGUAAAUAAAAAAGGUCCAGAAAUUUGUAUUGUAGUUAUUUAAAGUCAAAAUAAAAAGCUUUGUUUUCUGA